AACAAAACGAAGAAAAGCACGAGCUUGUCAACAAGAGCUAUCUGUCAAAGCGGCAGAAAUGUCGACAGAUCGCCCUCAUCUAAACUAUAAAAACGUUUACGGUUCAUAAUCAAUGUGAGCUUUUCCCGGAGAUUUCAUCAUCAGUGGGAGCAAAGACCCAUAGGGUGACCAUGGCCACCCAUCCAGCGCCGCUGCCCCUGAGGGAGUUCUGCCCUCUUUACUACCUUCUCAAUGCCAUCCCUGCUAAAGUCCAGAAAGGUUUCCGUUCGGUCCUGGUCUACUUGACUGCGCUGGACAGCAACAGUGAUUACAUAGCCAUUGGCAGCAGCAUCGGCAUGCUGUAUUUAUACUGCAGGAGAGUAAGCCAAAUGAACAAAUACAAUUUAGAGGGCAAAUGUGAGGCCAUUACUGCUGUGAAACUGCUGAGUUGUUUUGAUGAUCUUGUGGCUGUCGGGACGGCAUCGGGCCGGGUUGCUUUCUUUCAGCUUGUGUCACCAUUGCCUGGUAGAAAUAAACAGCUGAGAAGAUUUGAUGUUGUGGGCUUACACAAAAGCACAAUUACUGCGUUAGCAUGGAGUGCUAAUGGCAUGAAGCUCUUCUCUGGUGACGAUAAAGGGAGGGUGGUCUAUUCUUCUGUGGACUUGGACCAAGGGGUGUGUAAUCCAGUGGUCCUCUUUGAAGAGCCUUCAGCAAUAGUUCAGUUGGAAUACAGUCAGAAAGUACUUUUGGUUUCUUCCCAUCAGCGCUCGAUGCUCUUCUACACGCAAGAACAGUCCAAUCAUCAGCUGGGCACUAAACCACGUAAAAGCAAUGGCAAGUUUGGUGCCUGCUUCCAACCAGCUCUGUGCAAGCAGAGUGAUCUGGUUGUUUACGCAGCCAGGCCAGGGUUGCGACUGUGGAGGACGGAUGUGCGGGGACGUGUCGGGGAGACCCACGUCCUAAAGCCACUUUUUAAUCAGGAUAUACCUCAGUUUGAGCUGUUCCCCCGUUCAGGCCCCAACGGUGGCUACAGACCUUCAGAAAGACAGUUGGGAACGGUCAGCUGCUUCCUGAAGGAGGGCUGGGUCCUAAGCUGGAAUGAAUAUAGUGUUUAUGUUGUGGACUGUACCAAUCAAGUCAUCAUUGGAGGAUUGGAAAGCAGUGGAGAUAUUGUGUCUGUGUCAUGCACCGAGAAUGAAAUCUUCAUUCUGAAAGGAGAUCGGGACAUUUUGCGGAUCUCAAAUUGCCCUGAGGGAUUGGUUUCCAACUUAUUAGACCACUCCUACCGUUUUACAUCUCCUCUUUCCACUCCCACUAUUUUGCUGCCUCCUAAUGGCGCCGUUGAAACCGCUCAGCCAAUCAGGACCAUGCCCAUUAUUACAGAGCAGGAUACCCAAGCGAGUCCUAACUCAGAGGAGGCGCGUGAUGGGGUUGAGGAGUCAGAGGAGGUGCAGGAGGAGCAGCAGCAUCCUGAAGAAUUCAAUCAUGUGGUAGAGGCUCUAGAGGUGGAAGAGGACUUGGAGCAGCAGCGGGUCAGUGUGGGUACAAUGGAGUCUCGCAGCCGCAGCAGCUCAAUCACUUCAUGGGAGAGCACUCAGGGCAUGUUUACCACCACGGAGGCCUCAGAGCUCUCCUCCAGCAGAUACAGCACCAUCACCCAAGAAGACUUCCAGCAGGAGCUAGUGGUCAAAGCCAUCAAACUGAAGAAGAAAGGCAAGAGAAGACGGCAGGAGAGUGGGAAUCGUGUCAAUGAGCACAGCAGCUGGUCAGAGAGUGUUUUCAGUCAAGACGGUGCAAGCAGUGACGUUCUAAAUACACCCAUGAGCGAGCCUCCUUCUGACCACACCAGCCUACUGUGCAGCAGCCUUGACCUGCACAGCGCCGACUCACCGGACCAGGACGGUUCCGUCUGUGGAGAAUCCCACAUUUCCGACGCCUUUCCCAUUCUGAGCCCAUCAGAACCCUUACAGAGCAAGGAGCGUCGUCAGGAUCCACUUAACCAAACAGCAGAGACCCUACCACCUUGCCCUACAUCACUGUCACUACAAGACAUGGAGUGUCAGGUGUACAGUGAAAACGUGUUUGCAGAAAACGAGCAAAUUGCAGCUACGCCUGACGUGGACAUGCUGCUGGAAUGUACCUUCUCGUACAUGCAGGCAGCUGACGAGCAGGAUAUACUGAAGGAAUAUGUGAAAGAGAAUAAAGACACCCUGAAGGAUUCGGAGGAACAUUUUAAUCAGAGUUUGCAUGGAGACUUCAGUUUGGAUUUAUCUUAUGAUCCUAUUAGGCCGCUAGGUUACUCUCCAGAACCCGAGCCAACGCCAUCUAGUGACGAGGAGGACAUCUAUGCGCAUGGAGUGCCUUCCAGUGCUAGUCUGGGGGAUGGACUGAACGCCUUGAGCUUGCAGAGCUCAUCUGCUAAGCAGAAUGAGGACGAAGAGACGCUGCUCCUCAGAGCUGACCAGUUGGCUGAAAGUUGGAUGGGCUACAGUGGGCCUGGUUGUGGCAUCCUCAGUCUAGUAGUGACCGACAGGUAUAUAUGGUGUCUGGACUUUAAAGGAUGGCUCUUCUGUAGCUGUCUUCCUAAUGGUAGCUUGAGCUGGCAGAAGUUCGAGGAAAAUGUCCACCAGGUGGCGCUGUCCCCGACAGGCUCGUUGCUGUGGAAGGUGGAGCAGAAGACCAUGACUGCAUACGCUUGUGGGAAGGUCACCAUCAAGGGGAAGAGACACUGGUACAAAGCCCUGGACGACACAGCGUUUGUAGCACUUGGUGAUGACACAGCCUGGAUUAUUCGCACUAAUGGAGACUUGUACAUACAGACAGGGCUGAGUGUGGACAGGCCAUGUGCGCGGUCAGUGAAGGUGGACUGUCCGUGCCCCAUGGCGCAGAUAGCGGCACGCGGCAGUGUGGUGUGGGCACUGAGCGAGCAGAGGGGUGUGUUUUACAGAGAGGGUCUCAGCAGCUACUGCGCAGAGGGGGAGCACUGGAAGUAUGACACCGUCAGUGAGAGCCAAGGUCUAGAACCCAUCUGUAUUGCUCUUGGUGAGAACAACACAGUUUGGGCGUUGGAUACCAGUGGCAACCUAUGGUUCAGGACAGGGGUCACAGCUAAAAACCCCCAGGGUGAAGAUGACCAUUGGUGGCAGGUGAGCAUCACGGACUACGUGGUGUUUGAUCAGGGCAGUCUUUUCCAGACUCUGAUCCAGGCCACACAGAGUGUCGCAACAGCCACCAGAGCCCCGGUCGAGCGGGUUGCCGAACGUCUGCGUGUGGCCUUCCUUUCCCAGCACUCCCAGUGCCAGCCCAGCCUCAUCAGCGUCAACACCAGCGGCGUGUGGAUCGCUUCUGGACGCAAUGAGUUUCACGUUGCCAAAGGCAGCCUCAUCGGGACGUUUUGGAAAAGUACUGUACCCAGAGGAACAGCUUCUGCCACAAAGUGGGCUUUUGUGUUCUCCUCUGCUGUUCCGGCUAAAGAGGGGAGUUUCCUAUGGUUAGGUCAGAGCAGGAAAGACCUGUUCUGUAUCUGGGACCAAGACCUCCAGAUGCGGCCCUUCACCAUACAGUUUCCCCCAGACGUAGAGAUGGUGCAGCUCGCCGCCUGUCGUGACGCUCUGUGGGGUUUAGAUCACUACGGUCGUGUCCACAUCCGCACUUUAUCAGCCAGUUGCUCUACAGGAAUGCACUGGACGUUGCUGGACCUCAGCCAGCUCGGACACGUGAAGUUUCUCAGUUUGACUUGUGGCAGUCAGAACGUUUGGGCCUGUGAUAGCAAUGGAAUGGUGUAUUUUCGGGUUGGAACUCAACCUUUGAACCCCAGCAUGAUGCUUCCUGCAUGGAUCUGCAUUGAACCUCCCGAACAGCCUGCUGGCCUUCAGCUGGUGAGAAUUCAGACGAGCCCUAAUGACCGCAUGCUGUGGGCGCUGGACAACCGAGGCAAUGUACAUGUGCGCGUCGGCAUCACUGAGGAGAUGCCUGUCGGAACUGCCUGGGAGCACAUUCCUGGACUACAAGCAAGUCAACUGAUUCUAAGUAUGAGGACGGCUUGGGUUCGUCUUUAUAAUGGUGAAGUGGCUCGUCGAUACGGCAUUACAGAGAAGAACCCAGCUGGAGACUACUGGAAGAAGAUCCCAGGACUGGUCAGCUGGCUUGCAGUGACCCCGAUGGAUGAACUGUGGGCAGUUGCUCCUACUGGUGCUCUCAACCAGCGCCUUACCAAGACUCUGCAGAACUAUAGGAGCAAAAACCAUGGUAACGCGGGUUCUCUGAGUGGAGAGGAGCUGGAGGAAGAGUGGGAGGUGAUUUAGAUGCCACUAAUUGUGUCAAAACAUCCCAGAAUCACUGUUCUGUGAAAUUUCUUUCUAGGCACUUUACUCAUUUCUUCUUAAAGGAGUAGUUCACCUAAAAAAAUGUAAUUCUGUCAUCAUUUACUCAUCCUUAUGUUAUGAGUAUUUCAGCGCUCUAUUGAAACCUUUCUUAGGGUGUGGUUUUUUUCCUUUCUUUCUUAGUUUUUUUUUUUAUACCUUGUAACCUGAAAUUGCACAUUGUUUAUUAAGUUUUAAUAACCACAUACACGGUUUGAUCAGUUAUUUUUUUUACUUGUUUUAAGAAGGAGGAUCCAUUUAUGCAUUAUCAUUUAAAAUUUUGGGCGUCGUAUGAUUUUUAUAUUAUUUUUUAAGAUGUUGAUACAUCAGAGCAAAGAUACGUUGAAGUGACUAAAACAUUAAAGACAUUUAUAAUGUUAAAAAAUAUUCCAAAUCUUUAUUUCCCUUUUAUCUUUACCAGUCCUGAAACCAUCUCCAUCAUCGUUUCCUCAAAAUUAUUAAGCAGCACAUCUGUUUUCAACAUUGAUAAUAAAAAAAAGUUUAUUGAGCAGCAAAUCAGCAUAUUAGAAUAAUCAAUAAAUUUAAAUUCUAAUAUUAGUUUAGAAUAUUACUGUUUUACUGUGUUUUUAUAUAUAAAAAAUGCUGACUUUCAUUUAGUAAAUCAAUAAAUAAUUAAAUAAAAUCAUACCAACCCUAAUCUUUUGAAUGGUAGUGUAUAUUAAUGCACUUUGCUCAAUGUUAGUCUGUUUAUAGCUAUGGUCUACCGCUUUAGGGGGUAGAUUAUGUAAAUAUUGCUUAUUUGACCAAACACAUUUAUUAUCGGUAUUAUAGGUAUAAGAAAUAUAUGCUACACUUUAGUUCAGACUAACAAACGAGGGUAUUUGGAAAAGUUGGAUGUUUUUUUGGAUUUGUUACGUGAAAGGGAACCAGGCGUAUAAUGGCUUUAGUUGAAGAGGGGAUUCAGCUUUAUCUGUAAAUAAACUUGUACCUUGUUAAAUACUUGACGGGAGUAAAACCUUGGUAGCAUUUGGCACAUAUCUGUGAGUCGUACAGAGAGCAUGGUCUCAGAAUUGCCUCCGUCUACACUUUAGUGACGUUUUGGAGUUUAAUGUGAGGUAUUUUAAAAGAUGGUUUAACUCUUUAUCUCUAAAAACAGAAACUCUUUGAACUUACUACUUGGUUGAUAGAAUCUAUCAUAGUCUGUUAUGGGGAAAAAAAUACUGUAUAUUAAUGCUGGGCGAGCAUUCUUCAUAUACGUCCAUAUAAAGAACGCAUCUUGAUGAGUAAUCUAUCAUAGAUAACUAAAUAUAAAUUCAGCGCUAGGUCCGAUGUUUCAUUUUCUCUCCUCUCUCUUUAGUGUCUGACUGUGAAGUGUUUGUAAAUCUUCCUUUUUGAGAUUUUGACACCUCCGUAAUGCAUCAUAUGCAGAUAGUUGUUUUAGUUAUCGUUACAUUUGCCAUUGUUUUGGCCCGCUGUGCCCCACUAGUUUCAGUUGUGCACUUAGAACAUAUUGUAAGUCAGGUUAAAGUGAUAAAUGUGAUACACUGGACAUGUAAUGCUAAAGCCAGUGUGGUUUAAGUGGUGAUGCAGAUAAAUGUGAACUCACAUGUAAAACUAUGCCGUCUUUACUCCAUGCUUAGUCAUGACAAACUUACAAAUAAAAUGUUUACAGAAA